UUGUUUGUUUGUUUGGGAGCGGACGGUUGUUGUUUUCCGGGAGCAUCUCGCAGUUUUCUGCUCCUCUGCUCCUGUCGCUACAGGAGUUUUUAACAACAUGGAGUAUAAACUGAUCAUGGCGGUGUCCGGUUUCCCGAGUCUGUACGACAGUAACUCGAUGACCUACAGGGACCUGAACAUGAGAAGCGAUGCGUGGAGGCAGGUCGCGGAGAUCGUCGGUGUCCCCGAGUCUGAAUGCAGAAGGAAGUGGAAGAUGCUGAGGGACCAACACCGGCGGGAAAGGCAGCGGGAGAAGGAGCGGCGUGAGAGCGGCAUAGGGCUCUUCAACUACAGGCCGUGGAGAUAUUCAGCAAUUUUGUCGUUUUUGAACCCGUUUAUUGAUGCCAGAGCUGCAGGCACCAACGGCUGGGCUCUGGACCCGCAGCCCCCUCGGCUCCAGGCGUCCGACAUGGUGGGCUGCAGCACGACCACUGAAACACGAAGCGACGAUGACGAGAAUUAUGGAAUCGCUGUGGCAGAUGCUACAACAACAUCAUCAUCAUCAUCCUCAGAGUUUGUUCAGAGGAAGCGAUCGUCCUCUGCCAGCACAGACACCGUCAGGCUAAAAGCAGCAAAGACUGAAAUGACCUCAGAAACUGCCUCUACGGACGACAGCGUACAAGCACAACAAGUCCAACACGUUAACAUGAAGGAACUGUUUGAAAUGAUGAUGCAGUCAGUCACAUCUCUGGCCACGACCUUAGUGUCUUCGCACUCUUCCUCAGUGCUCUCAGAUCAGCUGCUGCCUCCUGCGCAGUCGUCACCCGCAGUCCUGCAGCCGUCCUGCACCGCUUCCAGGCUGAACCACCUGAAGACAGAGGAGCAGGAGGUUGUGGCAAUGGAGCUGCUGGACCACACUGACGUAGAGGAGGAUUGUCGUUCUGUGUCUCCCCGGCCGACCCGGGCCAGGAAGAGCUCCGACAGUCUGCUGGAGGAGUACCUGAGGAGGAUGGAGGCCCGGGAGGCUCAGAGAGACCGGGACGUGGAUCAAAGAGACGAUGUUAUGCUGUUCUUACUCAGCUUGGCUCCUGCUAUGAGAAGACUUCCUGCAGAGAAACAGUCAUGGGUCAGAACCAAGAUACAGCAGUUUCUACACGAGGCAGAGUUUGGUGCAACCAAUUUCCAGUGAUUCAGAAAUACUGCAUUUGACAUUUUUAUAAAUACUCCAUGGAUACUCCAAACAAUUCUCCUUUUAUAAUACUGUUGCUGAGCUUCUCAUUUCCUAUGUUUUGUGCUUUUUUUUAUAAUAAAUUUCUCUUCU